UUUUUUUUUUUAAAUAUUUCCCAAUUUUUCUCCUACUGGAGUUCCUCUACCGACUAGGUAACAAAAAUUACCCCCAAAAUUUUGCAUUCUGUUGUGCGGGGACGGGAAUCCCCACCCUGCCCGCACGCACACAACACCUGCGUGGGUCUCCGGAUGGCGGAUGGAGCCACCAGACCCGUGAACAGGGCCGGCAGGAGCAGCCAGUCUUACUCCAUCUCUCCCCACUCAAGCGUGGAGGACAGUCUAAAAUGCGUAAAAUGUGCUUUAUUUUGAAGCUCAGUCCAAGAACGGAAUAGGAAGUUAUGUAUUGUGGCGCACAUUCACGGGUUCAGCCAACUUUGCUGAACUAGAUCAUACGUUUCAUGGUUCACGCAGGAUUCACCUAACCAGAGUGUCUUCCGCCGUUGUGAAUUAAGCUACAUUACAAAAGAUUGAGUUGAAUUGAGUUAUCAACGAAGGGGAGCUGCACUUCUGCACACCUUUGAGCAGCAGUAUGAUAGAGGCAGGAGUCUGUCUGAGACAGGACACUGAGACAACACUACCAGAGCUCACUGAGCAGCACAGGAUCAGACAGAAAGAAGAGGAACUCAGUGGACUGGAGUCUGUCCACAUGGCAGAGUCAGAGACAGAGUGUGCUGCAGCAGGACUCAACACACUGGAGCCAGAGUGUGUUACAGCACACAGCGGGGUCAGUGAUGUACACCACACACACACAUCACUGAUUAAAACAGAAACUGAUCUGGGCACCGCCUACAUUGGGGAUCUUAUUAAGACAGAGUGCCUAGACAGUGUAGAGCUGGGAUAUGAAGCCCAUCUGCAUCCUGACCAAAUCAAAACAGAGGCUGACGAUGGAGGAUACCUUAAGGCAGAACACAUCAGUGACUUACAUAUUAAAUGUGUUCAUAAAGAAUCUGAUCAAGUGAAGUAUGAAUCCAGUGAAAGUUUAGUGAGUGAUCUCAUGAAUACUGUGAUGAAUGGAGCUGGUGUUGAUCACAAAGAUCAGACUCAACCAUGGCAAUGUGCAGGAGAGCCAAUGCUGACCCAACGGGGGAAUUUAAAUCCUCACUGUGACGUAAUCAAUGAAAACAAUCUAACCAGGAUUGUCCCGAAAAGCACAAACGACAACGCCAAACGUACACAUUGUCAGAGAUUGAAUUUGAUAACUGAAGAACAGAUGAUGAUUAAUUCACAAAAAAGCCCAAUACUUUUGAAGACAAUGCAUAGAAAUGGUGACAUUAAUACAGGCGAAAAGUCAUAUAAGUGUACACAAUGUGAGAAGUGUUUUGAUAGCAAAUCCGGUAUGAAGAAACACAUGACAGUUCAUGUAGGUGAAAGGCCCCACAAAUGUCAUCAGUGUGGGAAAUGUUUCUUUAGACUACAUGAUUUAAAUGUACAUCUGAGAAGUCAUACAGGGGAACGGCCAUACAAGUGUUCAGAGUGUGAGAAGUGUUUUACUAGAAAACAUGUCUUAAAGAUACACUUUAGAAUUCAUACAGGCGAAAAACCCUACACAUGUAUUCAAUGUGGGAAGUGCUUUUCCACUAUAUUUAAUUUAAAGAGCCACCAGAGAAUUCAUGCUGGUGAAAAGCCAUACACAUGUAUUCAAUGUGGGAAAUGCUUUUCCAAAAAAUACAAUUUAAAUAGCCACCAGAGAAUUCAUACAGGUGAAAAGCCUUACAAUUGUCCACAGUGUGGGAAGAAUUUUUUCACAAAACCUUGCUUCAGUCACCACCAGAGGCUUCAUAUGGGUGAAAAGCCCUAUAAGUGCACCCAGUGUGGGAAGGGCUUUUCGAAGAAAUCGGUUUUAAAUCGCCACCAGCUAAUUCAUACCGAUGAAAAACCCCACAAGUGUCUCCAGUGUGGGAAGUGUUUCUGUAGACUACAGGAUUUAAAUGUACAUCUAAAGAUUCAUACAGGUGAACAGUCAUUCAAGUGUACACAGUGUGAGAAGUGUUUUACUAGAAAACAUUCAUUGAAGACACACCUUCGAAUUCAUACAGGUGAAAAGCCCUACAAAUGUAUUCAAUGUAAGAAGUGCUUUUCCCAUAUAUUUACUUUAAGGAGCCACCAGAAAAUGCAUGCUGGUGAAAAACCUUAUAAAUGUGUUCAAUGUGGGAAGUGCUUUUCCAAAAAAUUCUAUUUAAAGAGGCACCAGAAAAUUAAUUCUGGUGAAAAGUCCUAUAAUUGUCCACAGUGUAGGAAGAAUUUUUUCACGAAGCCUUGUUUCAGUCACCACCAGAGGUUUCAUUUCGGUGAAAAGCCCUAUAAGUGCACCCAGUGUGGGAAGGGCUUUUCGAAGAAAUAUGUUUUAAAUCGCCACCUGCUAAUUCAUACCAAUGAAAAACCCCACAAGUGUCUCCAGUGUGGGAAGUGUUUCUGUAGACUACAGGAUUUAAAUGUACAUCUAAAGAUUCAUACAGGGGAACGGCCAUACAAGUGCUCAGAGUGUGAGAAGUGUUUUACUAGAAAGGAUUCCUUAAAGACACACUUUAGAAUUCAUACAGGUGAAAAACCCCACAAAUGUAUUCCAUGUGGGAAGUACUUUUCCACUAUAUUUAAUUUAAGGAGCCACCAGAAAAUUCAUACAGGUGAAAAGCCGUACAAGUGUACACAGUGUGGGAAGUGCUUUUCUCGGAUAUCUCAUGUAAGUAGCCACAUGAGAAUUCAUACAGGUGAAAAGCAUUCUGCAUGCAUUUAAAUUACCAUCAGAAUGUUCCUGAAAGUGAAAACAACUAGCCAGCUUGCUAGACAGUAGAACCGUGGUAGCACCUAGUUGUAGCUAGCUACAUGGGGCACUGACUAACUUUCUGAACAAUACAAGCAUUUGGUGCACUCAACUGUAACAUUAAUGUAAUUAAGUAUAUCUGGCUAGCCACAAUUUCUGACUGAUUGAAAUCCAAAAGUCUUGCUAGCAAGCUUACCAGCUAGUUUUGUCAUAGUUACAGUCAAGAACUGUCAUGCACUGUCAGCCUUUCUGUGGUUGUAGCUAGCCAAACUGGUUACUGUUUUUAAGAAGAUGGGCAACUGACUAACUAAAUAAAAAGAAAUGUGGUCGGUAACUGUAAUUUGAGUGUUGUUCAAUGUAAACGGCUGUCUUCUGAAGCCGUAAAUUACCUUGCUAUUGUUCCUAGCUAUUCUUAGUCGGUGGUGAAGUCCUUUAGCACAUAUUACCCUGAUCUCAAGCAAAAUGCAUAAAAUUCAUCCUUGAAAAGUGAUGGUUGCAGACAGUUACAGCUAAUAAAAUUCACUUGGAUGUAUCUCAUUGAUUUGCCUUGAGAGCCUGUAUGGUACAUGAAAGAAACCAAAAGAUUUAAUCAAUGUUAAUGUUUUUUAAUUCAAAUGAAAACAUAUAAUUUGCUUUAUAUUAUUGGCUAUGUAUACAGUGUACAGUAAAUAAAAUAAGAGCUUUUGUCACCUAAA